UCUCCAUUGCUUCUCUCAUUUGUUCUGAUUUGCAGGAGAGAUGGAGCUGGGCCUGAGCUUAGGAGAGGCUCAAAAGCCCUUCUCUUUCAUGCAAAAAACCAUCAAAACAAACCAACGGCUAGGAUUUUGCAUGGGGUUAGGGUUUGAGUCGAAUACAACAAUACAACAAGAAGAAGAAGAUGUUGAAAAAAGAGAAGAAACAGAUGAAAGAGAUUCUGCAGAUCCACCAGUUCAACUAGCCCUCCUCCCUCUCCUUCCUGCCACUCGCCACCCUUCUUCGCAUCAUCACUUCCCAUGGUCCGCGGGACACGAAUCUGGGGCUUCCGGUCGAGGUUUCGACGUUAAUCGCAUCCCAUCGGCGGAUGAGUUCAACGACGGAGCGCCAGCUUCUUCUCCGAACAGCGUCUCUUCGAUGCAGGUGGAUUUCUCGAUUUACAGAGGCGGAGGGAAGAGAGAUAGAGAUGCUGCUGGGAUUGAAAUCGAGACGGAGAGAGCGUCUUCGAGAGCAAGCGAUGAAGAAGAGAAUGGAAUGGCGAGGAAGAAGCUGAGACUAUCGAAAGAGCAGUCGGCUUUUCUUGAAGAAAGCUUCAAAGAACAUAACACUCUCAAUCCAAAACAGAAGCUUGCGCUUGCCAAACAGCUGAAUCUUCGGCCUCGGCAAGUAGAAGUUUGGUUUCAGAACAGAAGAGCCAGGACGAAGCUAAAGCAGACGGAAGUGGACUGCGAGUAUUUAAAGCGGUGCUGCGAGACAUUAACAGAGGAGAACAGACGGCUACAAAAGGAGCUGCAGGAAUUAAGAGCCUUGAAAACGUCUAAUCCUUUCUACACGCGGCUUCCAGCUACUACUCUCACCAUGUGCCCUUCAUGUGAGCGGGUCAUCACCACAUCCAACGGUGCAGAUGCAUCUACUAUUACUGCUGGUUUCGGUACUCCCGCGAAACACCGGUCCUUUCCCUUUUCACAGCCUCACCAGCCCGCGGCUUCUUGAGUGGUCGGUGGCUUUGGGUGGAUGUGUAAAUAGUCUCAUUUUCAGGGGCUUUUAUGUGGUUGUGUUUUGUCUUUUACUAAUAUGUUUUGGGAAAAGAUUGUGUGCGCUCGGUGUACACAGAGAGUCCGUGCGCACAAAUCUCCCACCGUCCCACAAUGAUGGGUGGGAAUCGUAUUCCGCGUUUAUAAAGUGCAAUUUUGAAAAUUCAAAUUUUAAAAUGCGUAUGGAUUCCCGGUAGAUGUCUUUAAACGGUGGGAGAUAUUGUGCGUAACAACUGUCCGUGCACGAUGGGCGCAUUGAAGUCGUGGUCAGGGAAUUGGAGGAAUACAGGAGAAAAUACGAAUACUAUACGUGUACUUUGUAUGAAUUGAACUGAAAUACAGAAAUUAUUUCUUUCUUUUGUUA